GACGUGCCCCUUCGACAAUCCAAAUGGGAAUUGUAGUUGGGGCCCAGAAUUCCUAGCGGCGCCUCUGGAUGCUUCUUAUUAUCUGUCAUCAAGCGAGACGUCUGUCUUCCAUUGUUUGUCUUCCGUAAGCACAGAAUCCACAGCGUGGAGCACACGCUACAGUGUCUACCGCCAUUGGAGUAAUACAAUGUCGAAUAGUGAAUUAAGUUAGGGAGGGAGGAUCUGUUCGCAGCGAGACUGGACGAUUAAACCACAGAGCCUUUCAAAUUCAAGCCCGCCGAUUGAAAGAAGACUUGGGAAUGGUGAGAGGAGCCUUAGGGGAUGUACGCAGGGACUGUGAGCUGGACGAUACUGUCUGAAGUGAGACUACCGUUCCAACACUGCGUAGGGGAAUACCUUGCUCGAGGAGGAAUUACAAUGUCAAUAUGGCAACUUUGGCUCAGAGCGGUGACCCAUUGGAAAGAACUGGAUAUCCAGUGGCAGAAGCUUCAGCGGGCGCCACGGCCAACCCUAACCUCAAGAUGAACAAAAGGGUGUCUGUUGUUAAAGGCCACUUCCCAAAGCUCGCUGACUGUGCUCACUUCCACUACGACAACGUAGACCUCGGCUCCAUCGUGCUCCAGUAUCUCAGUGAACAGGACCAUGGGGAAGCCAAGUGGGGGGCAGGACCCUCCUCAAAGGUCUCUUUGGUACAGGUCACCUGCCAGGGUAAGUCAUGGCUGGUCAGAAGGUCGUACGAGGAGUUCUGCACGUUGGACGCCCACCUGCAUCAGUGUAUCUACGACAGGCGCUACUCCAGACUGGCACCGUUGCAACCGCUGGGGCAGACGGAAGACAAGACGGAGAUGGUCUGUACUCUGCUGGCGGAAUACCUCCGUCGACUGUCGGGCAUCAUCGACAACAAACUCAACUGCGGACCUGUGCUCUCGUGGAUGGAGAUCGAUAACCGAGGGAACCGUUUCCUGCUGAAGGAGGAGGCGUCUCUCAACGUGCCAGCCAUCGCUGCUGCCCGUGUGGUGAAGCGCUACACUGCGCAGGCCUCUGAUGAGAUAUCUAUAGAGGUUGGAGAUAUCCUGUCUGUGAUUGACAUGCCGCCCAAAGAAGAGACCAGCUGGUGGCGAGGAAAGCAUUGCUUUCAGGUGGGCUUCUUCCCCAGUGAAUGUGUAGAGCUGAUCAAUGAGAAACAGACGGGCAGUGCGUCCGGCAGUAAGACAGAUCAAGAUGGAACCAGCUGUCCCGGACCUGACUCUCCCACAUCAGUGUGUAAGAAACACGGCAAGAUGCUGGGGUUUCUGAAGACCUUCAUCAAAUCCAGACCAUCCAAACAGAAGCUGAAGCAGAGGGGGAUACUCAGGGAACGGGUGUUCGGCUGUGACCUCGGGGAACAUCUGCUCAAUUCUGGACUAGAUGUUCCUCAGGUUCUGGUCAGCUGCUCGGAGUUCCUGGAGCAGCACGGAGUGGUGGACGGCAUCUACCGGCACUCCGGAGUCUCCUCUAACAUCCAGAAACUACGUCAUGAAUUCGACAGUGAGAUAGUUCCAGACCUCACUAAGGGAAUCUACAUGCAAGACAUCCACUGUGUCGCCUCCUUGGGUAAACUGUACUUCCGAGAGCUGCCCAACCCCCUGCUCACCUACCAGCUGUACGACAAGUUUGCAGACUGUAUGGGAGAAAUGACUGACGAUGAACGCAUGGUCAAAGUCCAUGAUGCCAUCCAACAGCUCCCCCCUCCUCACUACAGAACCCUGGAGUAUCUGAUCCGCCACCUAUCGAGGCUGGCUACGAGGAGCGGAGAAACCAACAUGCACAUCAAGAACCUGGCUAUUGUUUGGGCUCCCAACUUACUGAGGUCCAAGGAGAUCGAGACAGCCGGCCUGGUGGGUUCUGACCCCUUCAGGGAGGUUCGGGUCCAGUCGGUCAUUGUGGAGUUUCUCUUGAGCCAUGUCAAUGUGCUAUUCUCCGACUCGUUCACUUCUGUUGGAAAAUUCACACAAGCCCCAGGCCAGCUGCACCUGGCCAGACCCAAGUCCUUCGUGUCGGCGCGGCUCCUCUCUCUGGAGGAAGCCCAGGCCCGCACCCAGGCCCCUCUCAUGCUGCAGGCAGCCCCUCUGCACCCCCUGCACCCCCUGCAGGAGCAGUACCACACGGUGCUGGCGGUCCAGGACAACAGAGCUAAGAAGGUUAUAAAAGGAAGGAAGACUGCGGCAAGCUGGAAGACCAUUUUUGAUUUCGGAAAACCAAUGAGAAUCGGCUCCCUGUUCCAGCCAAACAUGGCUCACUUCGGUUGCCGCGUUGACAGCGUGACCCUGAGGUCCGCCAAGAGUGAGGACAGCCUGUCCUCGCAGCACAGUGGCUCAGGAUCCGCUCAGUACCUGCGGUCGCGGCGUCCCCGACCGAGCAGCGACGGGCUGUCGUUGGGCGCCAGCGUCAACAUGGAGUCCGUCUGGCCACACCUCAACGCGCGGCUGUCCUCCAGCCGCUCCUACGACAGCCUGCUGCCCAGAGACCAUGGCCUUGGGAACCAGGGGGAAACGGGGGAAGACGGGGACGAUGAAGAAGAGGAGGGAAUCUACUCCAUGCCUGAAAUACCGAGUCAGGGCAUCGCGUCCCGCUGGAUGGCAGAAGACCUGGACGACUUCAGCCCCACCUUCCCGGACGACCGGCCCCUGGGACUGGGCUCCACCAGGACCUCCCCGCCCUCGGGCCGCCACGCCGCCUAUUACCACGGCCGCCGGCCCCCUCGCCCAAUCACGGAAGACCCCGACUCUGUGCUCAACCAAUCGGAAGCCAUCGCCCGGAGGAGCCUGAUCCUGGCGGCGACGGCCCUGCCCCAGCAGGCGUUCGUCCAGCACCAGACCUCCCACAGCUGCCCGGUGCAGGGGGACCUGAGCGGCCAGAGGCCUGCGGACGCCCACCAGCCCCACGAGAGGAUCUCCUUCACCAAGAAGAUGGUUCACGCCCUGUCCCCCAAGACCAGCAAGGCUCCCACGCUGGACAUCUCUCAGCCCGUCGCCAUCAGCGUCCCCGCCAAGGUCUUGGAGAUGAUUGGCGGCCGUGCCGGCGAAUCACAGCACUUGGCCACCUCUGAUUCGCCGCAGUCACCCCAAAUGAUCUCCAUGCUGCUGAGGUCGUGUGACAUUCAGCUGAGUGACACCUGUCAGCAAGAGCUCAACAGUAAGCUCGGGGCCACCGCUCUGGGGAUGGCUAAAGGUCCUAACGCAGCCCCCCCGGCGGUCCAGAAGCCCCCCCCGCCCAAGAACCCGGCCCGCCUGAUGGCCCUGGCCCUGGCGGAGAGCGCCAACCGGGCGGAGGGCGCCUCGCUGCCCUACAGACCGCCUCAGACCGGCUACAGACCCCCGCCGCACCCGGGCUACUCUCACCAGGAUCCAGAGUCCAAUCAGCAGCCAGGCCUGUCCCCUGAGGCGAAACCACCCCCUCCCUACUCCACUGAGCCCAAGCACGUGGACAUGGGAACCCUCUCCUCGACGACCUCCGGCUCCGACCCCGUGACCUCCGACCUCUCCCGGGUCAACUCCUCGGAGGACGACCAGAGCUCCGACCCGUUCUACAGCAGCGUCCACGUCGCCUCCCGGGACGGCCCCGUGCGGACGGACCGCCGGCAGCCCCCGGCCUACGGGCGCCAGCUCUCCGCCCCUCCGUCGACGGCGAGCAGCGCCGGGGCCAACGCCAACGCCAACGCCGCCGCCGCCGCCACCGGCCUCCGCCAGCAGAGCGACUCAGUGCCCCAGCUCUGCUCCGGCGCCCCCCAGCCCGCCGGCGGACCCCCCUCCCAGCCCCAGCUGCACCACUCCAGCUCCGAGAGCUCCCCCCUCUCCAGGGCCCGCCUCCCCCCGCCGUCGGGCCGGCCCCGGGUCCCCGCCAAGCCCUCGGACCUGGUGGCCCCCAAGAGGGAGCCCCCCUUUCAACGGGGGGGCCGCGACCUGCCCCUCCAGGUGGCCCCCGUGGGGCCCCAGAGGGAGCAACCGCACCCCUUCGCCCGGACCAACCUGCGGCGCUCUCUGGACUCGGGGAGGGUGCGGUGUCUGAUCGGCCCGCCCGACUUCCAGAGCCCCUUGGUGCGGGCCUUCUCGGAGCGUCUGGGCGGGGUUCCGGACAAGCUGGCCCGCUACCACGCGGCUCAGGCGGCCAACCAGCUGGGGGCCGGCGGCCUGCCUCCCUCCGCACUGGCGCUGGCGGCCCAGCACCACUUUGCACAGGCCAGCAUCAAGGCGGAGCGUCUGCGGGACAAGCAGAACCCGUACCACGAGAUCGGGGGCCCCGAGGGGGAGGAGCCCUACCCCUUCCGCCCGCCCAGUUACUCCAGGCACGCCUUCGGCCCCCCCCGGCCCGACCUGGAGGGAAGCCUUUUCCCCGCGCCCCGCCUCCAGCCCCGCCCCCAGCCCCACUCCUCCCCCGAGGCCUACCACGGCCCCGCCCCCUCCCACCACGGCCCUGCCCCCUCCCACCACGCCCUCCCAGAGGCGAGCCACUUCCCGCCCUCCCACGGCGACCUGGGCCCGCCCCCGCAAGCGUCGUUCAGCAGGCUGCCGGCCGGCAGCGAGAUGCACCCCAUCCCGGCCUCCUGCUUCAGCGCCCUCGCCCCCGCCGCCGCCCCCGCCGCCGCCUCCCGCACGUUCUCCUCGCCGCGUAAGGCGUGCCACGCCCCCGCCGCCGCCUCUCUGCACGCCUCCAACCCCCCCAACCCGCAGCCCGCGCCGCUGCACCCCUACUUCGAGAACGGCCGCGUGUGUUACCGCGACCAGCCCGAGGACGCGCCGGCAACCGCCGCCGCCGCCGCCGCCGCCGCCGCCGCCGCCGCGCACCGCACCAAGAGGCCGGCGCCCCCCGCCCGACGCCACGGCCCCCAGAGGCCCUACAGACCGCCGGCGGAGCCCCGGCAGCCCGUCUACGUCAACUACCCCUUCAGCCUGUCGCCGUCCGCCCCCCCUCCCCCGGCGGCGGCCUCCUCCUCCGUGGCGCUCCCCGUGAGCCGGGGCUGGGCCACCAGCGACCUGGACACCCCCCGGGAGCGCUCGCCGCUCACCUCGCCCGGGGACAGCCGCUCCUCCGGUUCCCUCCCGUCCCCCCCGGGGAGCGGCGGCGGCGGCGGGCGGGCCGGGGACGAGCGGGCCCCGGGGGGGCCCGACCGGGGGCCGUGCGCGGCGGCGGCGGCCAAGCGCUCCUGGUCCGAGGACGAGGACGCCGAGCCGCUCUCGGGUCAGAACCUCGCCGAGCUGCUCAUGGCCAAGAUGGCGGCGGAGGAGGACGGCAAUGAGGCGGACAGCGACAGCCCGAGCCGCCCCGGCCCUUCCUCCUCCUCCUCCCGCCGCCAGACGCACUUCAGGGGCCGCCAGUACCCGGGCGCCGACGCCGUCCCCCCCCCGCCGCCGCCGCCCUACGCCGCCGCCUUGUUCAGCUGCUCCUCCUUCCAGCCGGCGGGGGCCUCGCGCCGCGCCUCCUCGGGGGGCGGGGGCCAGUACCACCGCCAGUCCUACGACGUCCACCCCCCGCAGGACCCCUUGCUGUGGUUCCAGCGGGCCCCCGACCCGCCGUCCCGUCUGAACCCCCGCUCGCGCAGCUGCCACAACCCGCUCUACCCUCCCCGCCGCUCCCCCCACGCCUACCCGCCCCCGGGGCUCUUCGGCCUCCCCAGCGGCGACCCCGUGGGCUACCUGGCCCAGAACGUGCACCAGGCGGCGGCCGCGGGGUCACGCCCGCCCCACCCGGCCCAGGGCUCCCCCCCGGGGGAGGCGGCGCCGGAGACGUCGGCCCUGAGAGGGGUGGUGGGGCAGAACGGGGUGCCGGGGGCCAAGUGGAGCCAGACGCGGUCCUACUGCUAGGACUGAUGAGUGGUCAGUAGGAGUUAGCCACACUGGCUAACUGGCUAACUCCUACUGGCUAACUCCUAGCACUGGCUAACUCUGGGUAACUCUGGCUCCUAGCACUGGCUAACUCCUACUGGCUAACUCCUAGCACUCCUACUGGCUAACUCCUAGCACUGGCUAACUCUGGCUAACUCUGGCUCCUCACACUGGCUAACUGGCUAACUCCUACUGGCUAACUCCUAGCACUCCUACUCGCUAACGCCUAGCACUGGCUAACUCUGGGUAACUCUGGCUCCUCGCACUGGCUAACUCCUACUGGCUAACUCCUAGCUCUGGCUAACUCUGGCUCCUCGCCCUGGCUAACUGGCUAACUCCUACUGGCUAACUCCUAGCACUCCUACUCGCUAACGCCUAAAGGACACAACCGACCGUGUCCAGAAUCGAUCAUAGCACAGCCCUGUCCCGACACCUCUCAGGGCGCGAUACAAGCCAGCCCUGGCCUUUUGGAAGUGAUCAACUCCCCCCCCCACUUUGCUUUAGUGAUCAGACGUGACUGUCGCUUCUGACCUGCCAUCACAUCCAACAGGAAUUGUGUCUUAACAAAAGGUACAACAUUGUCGUCCCAUGUUACUAGAAAAACAUGCAUUUUUAUAAUAGUCACAUGAUUUGGAUGUUGUUGUCACAAACCAACUCAUUCAUGGAGAAAGAAAUCGUCGGCUCUCUGGUUAAGAGCUUUGUAAAUGUAAACUACAUUCUUGUAUAUAUAUUUUUUUCUUUUUAAUUUGCAACGAGGCCUCGAUAUUCGUUUCGUGGUCAAAUAUUAACUCGGUCAUUAACUUAUUUGUAUUUUUUUACUACAUAUUAAUUUAUUUAGGUUGUUCCAGGACCAUGCUGCUCCAGGUGAUUAAAACACCUGUAACCGUCUCUCAUGGCAGUACUAAAACAUACGUUUGUCAUGAUUCUGAGGAACCGUGAGUGUGCGUUCACCACUGCUGUAAAUGUAAGCGUUGGCAGUAGCAGUAGCUUUAACCGGUAGCAGCCUUGUUGAUACACUCACUCAAACAGAAUGAGUGUAUCCCUACUUGACUUGUGUAACACUUGUUUUAGCGCACUCUACAGAGGAAGUAGAAGAUGGCGUAAUCAACCAAAAUGUUGGAAGUAACACUUCUGUGCUUCUGCUACCGUUUUGAGCUACUGCUACCAAAGUGCUACUGCUAUUGUUUACAUUCGUGGCGAGGGCUUAUGCACGCUACAACAGUUAUCUUCACGAAUGAUAUCGGUAUCAAAUGUUUGAGUGAGUCGGGCAGAGACGGUGGUUUAAUCACCCAGCCAGUAUGGUCCUUUACCUUUAGUGCUAACUUCAACAUCUGGCACGUUUUUUAAUUUAAAUGGAUGCAUGUUGGUCAGACAGGCUGUGUGUGUGCAGAUGUGGCUUGUGUGACGGCAAUCUAAUCUAGAAUAAUACAGAUGUGUGUGUGUGUUCUGCCGUCUUGAAGCCAAGACCAUAGCAUUUAUACAAGUGUUACUUAACGGAUGAGUCGUGACCAAGAAGUAUUACACGGGUUUGAUUUUGAUUGAGCCGUGAAAUAAAAGUCUGUUAAUACAUUGGUCCAUCUCCGACCCCCACUUUGCCCCAUAGCGCGGUUUUGUCCCACAAGUCAAACCACACAGUUGAUGCCAGCCAGGCCAACUUAAGGCAAAUCAAAUCAAUUGGACUCAGGGUCAAGACAAACACAAACACAAAGAGUGUUAUUUGAAGCACUGGGCGAUAACGGUGCAGAGCUGUCCUUGCCAUUAUAGAUUAGAAGUGAUAGAGAUUUUUUUUUUAGGUUUUAGUCUGAAAAAAUAUAUAAUUUGCGGUGUGUUUUAAUAUAUAUACUAAUAGGAUUCAAACAAACCAAUACUUUAUUUUUCCCGUGAAGAAGCAGCGGUACCCGUUUAUUUUUAAAUACAUUGUUGUAGUCUUAACUUUUUAGAUGAGGGCAAACCAAAAGAUGGUCUUGUUUUGUAGUUGCUUUUUUAGUGAAAGCACACAAUUUACGAGUCCGGACACUCCUAGUAAUCUGUCUAAAUGGAACCAAUGGUAAUCCCUCUGUCUACAUGUCCUACACUAUACCUCUAUUAUCGAGGGUCUUGGCUUAGAUUUGUAGCCAUAAAGCACUAUGCAAUUUGCUGUCUGUAUGACCACUUUUCUACGCCCCAUCCGUCGUUUAAGACCAAAUUCAUUAAAGAUCAUAUUUAAUGAAAAGGGUUUUGUUAGGCCUAAAACUUACAUUCCAUUUCAUGCACAGCACAAACAAAUCAUGUUUGCCUUUCUAUGGACGGCGCAAGUGUGACCUCACGCGAGUUCUGAGCUAGAACGACGAUGCUGUUCAAAUGCAGUUACAGCUGGUUUUGUCAUACAUGAUGAGCUAGUUAAAUGGUUAAAACUCUUAAUGUUUGCAAUUGCAUCGUGCAGACAUACUAGCCUUAGGAAGAUGUUUACAUGUGUCUUAUUCAUACUUGGAAGUUUUGACUUCCAAGAGUUUUUAUGUCCGGUUCCCUUUCUUAUACCUAAUAUGUUUGAUUGGUGUCAGAGAUUCCAAGACAUGAGGCACAAAGCAAAUGGACCUCAAUACACACACACUGCCACUGGUAUGUAACCCUUUGUAAAAUUGCAACUACUCAAACAUUUGCCUGAGAUCCACUUUUGAGACUGGAUGGUACACUCCCGUUUACAUUCUGUGUGCAGUAUGUAUGCAUGCGUGCAUUGUGUCUCAAAUAAUUUCCCAUACCUAUGCAGUGAUUUAGACAUUAGAGUUCAAGUAAACUUUCUGUCAAGUAUUAAAUGUUUGCAUAGGUUUGUGAUGUUCUGAGGUCCAACAGCAGUUCCAAAACAUUGGGACACUGUAAAUGUUCUCAAAUUAAUAAAAGAUAUGCUGGCUCAGUAAGAAA